AUGACUGCAAUUAACUGAUCUUUAUUAAACUUAACCAGCUAGUUCGCAGAAGAGUUUGCGACUUUGCGGAAGUACAUCUUCGAACAAUGCUUUUGGUGCCAAAAAUUCCAAUUUGAGUAACACGCGCGUACCCUGCCCUCCUUGUUGCAAGUUCUGUUCCAUAAAAAUGGCUGCCUUCGUGUACCUCACAGUUCUGAGUUUAACGCUGGCAAUGAUCGUAAAUGGUCAACGGAUGCAAGAAAUGCUGCCAUUUGGUAAAUCGAAAACAAUCCAGUGUAACAGUCCAGCCGCUCCCAAUCUGAAUAUUGUUUUGGCUGUCUAUGCGGCUGCGCCACCGGCUCCAAAUCUCCCGCAUCCUCCCAAACCAUGUGCGCAGACUGAUAACUUUGCCGCUCUGACUAAACUUUGCAACGGCAAAAAACAGUGCACACUUGUCAGUAACGAUCCAACAAAAACUGGGCCCUGCGGUAAACGUUUUCUUAUGGUCACCUACCAAUGUCAACCGAGCAAAUCAAAAGGAUGAGCUUAAUCAUCGUCAUGGACGUCCUCAUGUUUACUGGCUGGCCCCUGGACAAUUACUGCAUGUGCUAGAGCGCUAGCUGUUUCUGCGAAGUCGAUGUUCCUCAUUUCGAAAAUGCUAUCUGUUCGCACGACUUAAAGCAAUAAAAUAAUUGUACAUAACGCCGUAGUAUGUGAAAUUUCGUUGGACUCGGGUUUGCCCAUGGCCGACAUUAAAGUCCUCACAAUGUGAAAUAAGAAAUCAAGUAACAGUCACCA